UCUCCUCCCCUCUCUCUCUCCUGGAUCCCCCUAGAGCUGAGUCAGGCAUUCGCCUUCCCUUUCACACCAUUGCAGCACUCAGCCACUGAACAGCCACAUCCUGCACCCAGCUCAGCACCAUGGCCAGCACCGUGUCAGCCUACAAGGAUAAAAUGAAGGAACUCUCCGUGCUCUCCCUGAUCUGCUCCUGCUUUUAUUCCCAGCCGCAUCCCAACACCAUCUAUCAAUAUGAAGACAUGGAGGUGAAGCAGUUAAAUAAAAGGGCGUCUGGCCAGAGCUUCGAGGUCAUCUUGAAGUCUCCCUCCGACUUGUCACCAGAGAGCCCUCCAGUUGCCGUGUCCCCCAGAAAGAGGGACAUUUCUCUAGAGGAGCUGCAGAAAAGGCUUGAGGCUGCAGAAGAGAGGAGGAAAUCCCAGGAGGCGCAAGUGCUGAAACAGUUGGCCGAGAAGCGAGAGCACGAGAGGGACGUCCUACACAAAGCGAUAGAAGACAACAAUAACUUCAGCCGGAUGGCGGAGGAAAAACUAAACUACAAAAUGGAGUUGAGCAGGGAGAUUCGUGAUGCACACCUGGCCGCAUUGAGGGAGCGUCUCCGUGAGAAGGAACUUCACGCAGCGGAAGUUCGCAGGAACAAAGAGCAGAGAGAAGAGAUGUCUGGAUAAAAGCCAACAUCACACACGCUUCCACGUCAAUUCCCUAAAUCAGCAAAUUAUUUUAUUUAAAGUUCAUUCAUCAUUCACUCCAUGUCACCAAACCUUUGUCUUUCCCCCAUGGCUCCUUUAAUCUCACCUUCAUGACAUAACCAACCUGGGGGGUUGUUUAAAAUCCGUAGGAUAUUAUAUAUGUAUCGCACGCCUAGAAAAAAAUAUCUUCAAGAGAAGUGAGCCCCUUCCAUAUUUUAUUCUGAAAAACCAUAUAAAUCCAGAUGACCGUGUGAGUCCCUUGUCGCUCGUUGGAAAAAAAAAAUAGAUAUUUUGCACUAAGGAAGUUAUGGAUCAGUAAAGAUUGGCAGGUGGACGCCUCUGAAGACCUUAGUGAGAUCAAUUCGGUCUGUUUAAUGUCCUAUGGAUUAGUUUAGCAUAUUUUAUAAUGAAACAAUGCAACAGCGUGCAAUUUCUUUUAGCUUGUGUUGUAUUUCAAACGAAAAUUGAAUCUGGUUAUUUUGGUGGUAAUAUAUCUUUAGUUUUGGUUAUGUAAGAAUAAAACUCUUGAGUAUUCGAUGAAAAGAAAAACAAAAAAAAAGGGAAAACAUAACUUAAUAAUGGCUACAUUAAAACGGAAGGAUGUCAGACGGAUUGGGAAAAAAAAUGAAGGUAAAAUAAAACUUCUCAGUUUUAACUCUGCGAUUAAGAUGAGAAAUUAAAUUUGGCCUUUACAAAUCUAUCUUAUGAAUUGCUUCCAUACUAGGGAGAUGUCAAGGAUAUGCAAGUCUUUUUAAAGUUUAAGUUUUUUUACCAAUGAAUUGUACCAAGAAAUUGUCUAACCAGGCUCAUGUGAGGCUCAUGCCAGGCAAGUAGAAAUUCACACCUGGUGAGUGUAAUAUGGACCACCCAGGCUUGCAGUGGCAAGUAACUUUUAAAGCCUGGUUGGUGGUGUAGGCUGCUGGCACUAUAUAUAGAGAGAUUGAGAUUUGGAUAGUCUAUUGAUUGGUGCAAAAUGUUUGCGGUGACAAUGAUGCUCUGUGGGUCACACUCACAAGAGUGUGCUUGAGUAGACUCAUUAGGCUUAUAUGUAUCAAAGAGAAAAAAACAUAAUAAAUGAAAGAAAACAGAAUUAUAUCUCUAGAUAAAAUAUUGUUUCUUCAUUAUAUCAGAUCAUUCUCUCUUCAUGUGAUGUGUAUGGUCCAUCAAGCCUUUACUUUGAUGUGUUUGAAAUGAUAAAUAGUGUAUGUUGAUACAGAAUAUUAUAGAGGUCCCUCGUGUUUGGAAGCCUAAGGUGGGAGGUUGCUUGGAGGCCAAGUUUGAUUUCUUCUGGAGGUAGCUUGAAGGCAGCAGUUUAUGUAACAUAGCACUAGUGGUGGACUUGCUUGACUAUAGACUUCCUAACUGUCUCUACAAUGUUUCUCAGGAGUGACUACAGAGGCCUGUUAACUGGAUGUAUAGUUUAGUUUUCCAGUAUCUAUCUCUAAAUUUAGUCUUCUAGUGUCUCUUAUGGUUCUAGCAUUUACUAUUCAAUACAUUUCUCUAAGUAUCAUACCAAUUUUGGGGUCUUGAAGUCUCUUGUCAGAAUGAAGAUAUACCUCGAGGAGACUUUGUAGUAUGUCAGGUUUGGCUCAAUUUUACUGUUAGAAUAACUGUUGGUGAUGGCCAGUGAUUGACACCAGUUCAACUUUCUGGGCAUAUACAGGCACACAUAUAUUUUACACAUAAAGAAAUCUGGGUCACGAUCAUUCGGAAAGGUUUCAAAAGUAUUUGGACAGACUACAAGAUCCAGAAGAAAGACUGAAGGUCAAAAACAUAUAGGAAAUGUACGUACAUGAGAGUGGUGGAUCUGUGCAUUUGGAACAGGAAUAAUUUGUUAAAUGGUCUUACUGUUUGUUGCCUAAUCACUACUGAGAACCUUUAGACGCUAGAGAAGAGCCUGAAUUUGCUACCCCCCUAAAAAAUGUCAACAAGAUAUUGAUAUGUCAAACAUAUUCCUACACAGGAGGGGUGGAGGGGUUCAGUCUUUUUCUGUUUUGUUUCCUUCUACUUAUCAUGGUACACAUUUGUAAUGAAAGCAUGAAAAUAGGCCUUUCCCUUAUUCCUAGCUGGACAGGUUGGUGGGGAUGUCAAGGUCCAAGAUAAGCUUGCAAGUGGUGGAAAUUUCAAGCCAGUAAACCAGAUUGUUGGUGUAACCAUUACCCAUUUAAGGUUGGACGUUUUAAUUAUCUGAAAGUACGUGGGCACAAUGAAGGUAUUAUUGUCCUUUCCUCCUUUUAAUGUUUUAAAUAUUGGGUCAGUGUAAUUUGUAUUGCUAUCAGACCCCUGAAUGCUCUCUGUAUCUUCCUGUACUAAAUCCUGUUGUCUGGUAUGGUUCAUAGCUUCUCAUUAAAGUGCAUUAUCUCGA